AAAAGCUUAAAGCUUGGUUUAUCAAUGGUCAUACGUCUUCACACUAGAAUUAACAUCUAGGAUUUUGCAACUUGCCUGAGACUAUUGAAGACUGUAUUCACUGCCGACAAAAUGCCUUCAGAAAACACAUCAACUUCGAACGUCAAUGUGAUGAUGCCAAGCAAGAACAUUAUCAUCGAUGGAGUACUUCGCUAUCCAGUCACUGGUUCGAAAGCUCUAGUUGUUGGGGCUGGUGUAGGUGGUUUGAUGGCUGCCCUAGAAUGUUGGAGGAAAGGUAUCGAAGUCGAGGUCGUUGAGAAAGCAGAUGUGGUCCUGGGCCAAGGCGAUAUCUUCAGCAUUGGGCCUUCGGGUCUCACAACCCUUCACCAUUAUCCCAGUAUGCUAAAAGAGUAUGAGGAUAUUGCUUGGGAUAGUCGCGUUUCUUUUCAUGUUAGAGACGGCACGGAAACAUUCCAAGCUGAAUUCGAAUACAAUCAACAAGGAGUCGCUGAGCAUGGCGCCUAUCCACUUAGAAUUAAAACACUUCUGGGUCGUCAUUAUUGUGCCCAGAUGCUUCACAACCAAUGCAAGAGACUCGGCAUUCCUGUUACCUUCGGUGUCGCUAUUGAGAAGUACGAGGAAGAUGUGAAUAAGGGUAAUGCCACUGUGGUAUCUCAUGAUGGCCGUCAGUUCACAGCCGACGUCGUUAUAGCUGCGGAUGGCAUCGGUACCAAAUCUCAUGGAGUCACAUUAGGUUAUCCAGUGAGAGCGAUCAAAACCGGAUAUGAGGUCUAUCGCACAAUGUACUCAACACAACAUUUAAAAGAUGCGCCCUUCAUAGAAAAUGCUUUGCAAGACUUGGAAAGGCCUCACACAAUGAUUCUACUAGCUCAUAAGCUCCAUGUCUUCUUAACCAUGAGUAAAUUUCAUGUAUCGGUCGGUAUAACUACCGAAGACGAUGACAGGACGGUAGCAGAAUCUUGGUCAACUACGGUGCCAAACGAAGCUGCACUAUCAAAACUUCCUGGCCCGGAAACAUGGAGUCCUUUAGUACGAGAGAUGAUUCUUCAUGCACCCGAAAACAGCAUCGUACGAUGGUCAUUAUGCUUUCGAGAUCCCCAACCUCGGUGGACAUCGUCCGGUGGACACAUUGUCCAGCUCGGCGAUAGUGCUCACAGCUUCUUGCCAACUUCGGGAAAUGGUGCUAUUCAGGCCCUUGAAGAUGCCGCCUCACUUGGGGAAUGUCUCCGCCUAGCGGGCAAGGGAAAUGAGGGAGUCGCGACUAAAGUUCACGAACUACUGCGAUAUCAGCGUGUUUCACUUAUCCAGCGUACAGGCUUCGUCAACAUGCAGAAUGUCCAUCGUGAAGUCGACGCGGUAAAAUCCCAAAGCAACCCACCGAUGCUACAGGGCAAGUGGAUUUGGGGACACAAACCGGAGAAGUACGCAACUGAAAAUUUUGCCAAGGCGCGAGCCCACCUGGAAAGUGGAAGCCCUUUCGAGAAUACUAACCUGCCUCCCGGUCACAAGUGGAGCGACUGGACUAUGGAGGAUGAACUCGCUAAGCACAAGGCUGGUAUCGACACGGAGGCACUUACCAAAAGCAAUGGUGAUUGGGGCUUAAUCUAAGGGACCACGGUGCAUCGUAGUAUGAAAGGGUUGCUGGGUUAUAAAAAAAAGGGGGUGGGAUUCUUCUAGGUAGAUUGCUACUCAUGUGUAUUGAGAUAUGUAUUAUUUUUGCUAGUACAUUCAACAACCCAAAUAGAUGUUUCAUUAUUA